UUCCAAGUUGCAGCAACAUACCUAUUCCACAACUGGUCCCGUCACAAGGAAUAACAGUUUCCAUAUUGGACCAAGAGAUCGAAACACAUGAGGACCAUAUGCACAGUAGUGAGAUUCAAUCGGACAGUAUUGUUGUCGCUCACGAGGAACAUGUGCAAGAGACGGCUGAACAUGACGAAAAUCAUAAUCCAAACAGUACUGAGAAAAGGUCACUGGAAGAUGUUAAACUUCUGAUGAGUUCCAAGAAACAUGCUUCAUGUGAAUUGAAGUUUCAAUCGUUUCAAGUGAACUGGAAUAAACUCAGCGAUAAUAUCCUCAGUCGUCUGCAAAGCUUGCAAAAUUUCCGCAACGAAAGUCCUACUCAGUGCGUGCCUAGAUCUCUCCAACUUACAAAAGCUGAUUUGACGGGGGUUGCCAACUCGGUAGUGGAUCAAUUACGAACAAUCGACACACAUAUUCGAGCGGAUAUCCUUGAAGGAGUAGCGAAACAAGUACUCAAUAUGUUCCCGUGCCUUAACUUUGUGGACGAUGAUGGUUUUGGAUCUGGGACAGGACAUGUGUGGCUGAAACAUAAAAUGAUUAAUCGGAAUUCAUAUCUCAACAGAUACAAAGAGCCGUAUGUUCCGAAAGCGGAUACAAUGGAAAUUCGAAGAAACAGGAAUGUGCGAGCAGGAACGAUUAAAGAGUACUGGGAAGAGACGAAUAACGAAUGCACUAAAGAAGUUAUUUCGAAACUCUCACGGGAUGAACCAGGACUACUAACUCCCGAAUUUCUGCAAGCUUCGCAAUCAUAUGUUCGUUACCGGUUUGAUGAGAAAAUUCCAUUGAAAGAUGUAUUAGGGAAUCUUCCCGUGCUUAGAAGAAGAAUUCUUUUGAAGUAUCAUUUCGAGUGUGCCACGGGUGUAUCAGCGGAUUCGUUGGAGCAAUACUUCACUGCUAAGCGUUCCAAAAUUAUUGAUUUUUCGAAGACUAGCCGCAAGAUCAGUCCUUUGGAUUCCACAGCUCCGGACUACAAUAUUUUUAAAUUCUUGUGCAGCUUGUUGGGAGAUAAAAUUGAGGAUGUAAUCGUUUUGAAAGAGAUUGGUACGAAGAUUGACGGUAUCACCAUAGAUUGUUCUGGGCCUGUUCUCGUCGCCAUAGAGGUUCAGAAUGAGCGCGAACAUAUGUCGCAAAAGGUUUGCCAUUUGUCCUUCCAACAGCAGAAGAACGACGACGACGGUGGUUGUAAGCAUUUGAACCUGGACGGUGGUCUUCCCCCCUGUCGAGCGAUCCCGUGGGAUUUCUGA